GGCAGUUCCUGUAGAAGGUGGAAGUUCAGCCCCAUGAUGCUUGUGAGGAUCCCUUGGGGGUUGGGACCCUGCCCACCCCUUCUGCACUGCAAGCCAGGAACAGAGCUGGGGAGGCAGGAGCAUGAAUGGUGGCCACCGCAGAGUGCCUGGUGCCAGGAGCCCUGUGCUUGCAUCCUGCUCCCUGCAGAAGAUGUGGUCUUGGAUGCUGAGCUGUUGCUUAGCCCUUCAGCACCUGGCUGUGCAGGCCUCCUUGCUCUGCAUCUUCCACCUCCUCUUGCUGCCCACCCUGCCCGAGGAGCCACCCCACAGCCAGGCCACCAGUGAGCUGCUGGCACGCAGCCUCUUCGCCUGCGGUAUCUCCACAGUGCUGCAGACCACCCUGGGAAGCCGGCUGCCACUGGUUCAUAUCCCAUCCUUCGAGUACCUGGUCCCUGCCAUGGUGCUGAGCUCCCACCUGUCUCCUGGUGCCAGCAUGGACAGGAAUGGCACAGCUGUGGCCAGUGCAUGCCGUGCACCACAUUGCACUGUUGCAGGGAACUGGGCUGCCCCACUGCGAGAGGUCUCUGGAGCUGUGCUGGUCUCUGGGCUGGUUCAGCUAGUGCUGGGAGUGUCUGGUGUGUGUGGGUGGGCAGCCCAGCACUGUGGUCCCAUGGUCCUGGCUCCCAGUCUCUCCAUCAUCGGGCUGUCUGCUUAUAAGGAGGCUGCUUUCUUCUGCUCCACUAACUGGAUGGUAGCUCUGCUGCUCAUGCUUCUUACUGUCACCUUCUCCCAGCACCUGGGGUCUUGCCGUCUGCCCUUCUGUGCCUGGCCCCAGGCUUGGAGGGGCUCCAUGGAACCAUCUGUGCCCACCCUGCGCACAUUCUCGGUACUACUCCCAUUUGCUGGUGCCUGCAUCCUCUGUGCUAUCCUCAGCCAUCUCCACAUCCCCUGGGAAUCGCUUGACCUGGCCAUGGCCCGGCUGUCCUGGGCCAACACCACCUUCCAUGUCCCUUGGGUCCGCAUCCCCUACGCAGGCGAAUGGGGGUGGCCGCUGCUCACCCCCCGGGCGCUGGCAGUGGGCAUCGCCAUGGCCAUGGGCUGCAGCAUGAACUCGGUGGGCUGCUACGUGCUGUGUGGGCGGCUGCUGAGAGCCCCCUGGCUGCCCCCUGACACAUGCAACCGGGGGCUCUGCACGGAGGGGCUGGGCAGCCUCCUGGCAGGGCUGCUGGGUGCCCCGGGGGGCACUGCCGCCAGUAUUGCCAACGCCUGCGCUGCUGGCCUCACCCAGACUGGCUCUCGCCUCUCAGUGCAAGUGAGCGCACUGGCGUGUGUGGUGCUGGGCAUGUCCCCAAGGCUGGUGGGGCUCCUCACCCGCAUCCCGCUGGCUGUUCACGGAGGGGUACUCUGCAUCACCUAUGCCGUAGCCGUGGGCACAGGGAUCUCCUACUUCCAGUAUGCAGACAUUGACUCGGGCAGGAACAUCUUCAUCGUUGGCUUUGCCAUGUUCAUGGCCCUCCUGGUGCCGCGGUGGUUUGGCACGGCUCUGGCUCACCUGGCCACAGGCUGGGUGCCGUUGGACCUCCUCUUCCUUUCCCUGCUCAUGGCACCUGUGGUCUUAACUGGCUCCUUGUCAUUUCUAUUGGAGAACACAGUCUCAGGAACCUUGGAAGAGCGAGGGCUGCUCUUUGAGCUGGGGCCAUGGAGAGCUGGGCUAGGUGACCGCCAUGCCCAUGGAGAGAGAGGGAAAGCCAGCCAGGCACAUGGGCUUCCACCUGGGCUGAGCAGGCUGCUGCCAUCCUCCUGCAAAGCCUUCCCCUGCUGCUUCCUUUGCCCAAGGAGCGAGGAAGAGGAGGAGAAGGAGGACAAGGAGGAGGGCAGCUGUGCCACUGAGGAGGGCACCACUGCCCCUGAAGAAGGGACGCACCUGCUCCCCAAACCUGGCUCAGGGGAGCCACAGCCACCCAGGAGGACGAGUGAGACGGCUAUGGCUGCAUGGACACAGUGGCCUGACCCUGCAGAGUGCGGAUACCUCAUGGUAGACCAACGUUGUGCCCCAAAGACAGCUUGCGAGCCACUUUGCUCCUAGUUUCUGAAGCCCACAUGGACUGAAGGGACUUGUGCUCCCACACUCCCAGCACAAACCCCAUUUCCUUGCUUGGGAGUGAGGUAUAAAAACCUUCAACCAAC